AGGGUGGUUGAUUGAUACCAAGGGAUAAUGAAAGUCUGCUUGGUUGUUAUAGAUGGCUGGGGUAUCUCAGAGGAUUCUCGAGGCAAUGCCAUCCUGAAUGCCAAGACCCCAGUCAUGGAUGGCCUCUCUGAGCAGUCUGGUGAGUUUGUGUCUCUGGAUGCCUCUGGCCUUGCCGUCGGACUCCCGGAAGGCCUGAUGGGUAACAGUGAGGUCGGUCACCUGACCAUCGGCGCUGGCCGUGCCAUGUACCAGAGUAUCGUGAAGAUCGAUUUGGCGAUCAAGCAAAAGACCCUGUUCAGUCAGAAGGCUUACGUGGAUGCUUGCCAGAGGGCUAAAGCAGGCAACGGCAGGAUGCAUCUGCUGGGUCUGGUAAGCGAUGGUGGAGUUCAUUCCCACAUCAAUCAUCUCUUUGCUCUGCUUGGUGGUAUGAAAGAAGCUGGUGUACCACAGACAUUUGUUCAUUUCUUUGCUGAUGGUAGAGACACAAGCCCUACCAGCGGUGUGAAAUACUUGAAGCAAACUCAAGACAAGCUUGCUGAACUUCAAUAUGGCUCCCUAGCAACUGUCAUGGGUCGUUACUAUGCAAUGGAUCGAGAUAAAAGAGAUGAAAGGAUAAAGGUUGCAUUUGAGGGCUUAGUACAGGGUAUUGGCGAGGCUACAACCAAAGAAAAUGUAAUUCAGUUGGUGCAAUCUCGAUAUGACAAUCAAGGUAGCGAGAGACAGACAGAUGAAUUCUUAACGCCUAUCAUCGUAGAUAAGGAAGGAUGCAUUCGAGACGGUGACACAUUGCUGUUUAUUGACUUCAGGGCUGAUCGAAUGAGGCAGAUCGUCGAAGCGUUUGCCAUCAACCGCAACUUUGAAACGAGUGUUGUCCCCCAGAAUAUUAGUGUGACCGGUAUGACCGAAUACAAAGCAAGUUUCAACCUUCCAGUUAUCUUUCCUCCGGAAAGCCCAAAGAACGUCUUGGCAGAGUGGUUAUCAGCAAAGAGAAUACCACAGUAUCAUUGUGCAGAGACAGAGAAGUAUGCUCAUGUUACUUUCUUCUUCAAUGGUGGUGUCGAGAAACAGUUUGAGGGGGAAGAAAGGAAGUUGGUUCCCUCGCCAAGGGUCGCGACCUAUGACCUUAAACCGGAGAUGAGUGUGCAAGGUGUCGCAGAUGAGGUAGCAUCAGUAGUAAAAUCAAACCGUUACCCGUUUGUGAUGUGCAACCUCGCCCCACCUGACAUGGUUGGUCAUACUGGAGUGUAUGAAGCCACCAUCAAGGCUUGUGAAGCCACAGAUGUUGCUAUUGAUACGAUGAGGCAAGCAUGUGCAGAGAGUGGUUAUGCCUUCCUUGUCACGGCUGAUCAUGGUAACGCAGAGAUCAUGCUUGCCCCUGAUGGUAGCCCGAGCACAAAACAUACUACAAUGAGAGUACCUUUCAUCAUGAACAACUCUGGGAGGAAGUUCAAGUCUAGUUUUACCCACAAUCCAUCUCUCCAGGACGUAGCACCAACGGUACUCAGUCUAAUGGAUACCGACAUCCCCCCGGAAAUGGCAGGCUUUUCACUCAUAUAGGUUUUAAUUAGGUUUAAAUCCAGUGAAUCCAAACUACACCACGGGUACACUUUUAUCUAGAAAUUUUUAGUCAUUGGUAAUAUGUCGUCCAUAGGGUGCUAAACCAAUCAGUUCCAUUUGUCAACUGUCAGAGAUGUCUUGGAAUAGAUUUUAGAGGAUGACGGGUUGGGUCAGCUUCGUUGUGAGAGAUUAAGAGCAGUUGCAUUGCUCUGAGGCAAAGUAACACGUUUUGCCAUGCAUGCGUGUCACAGAAGUUCCGUCGCAAAUUGAAGCUCCCUAUUACUAUAAUCAGUGGUGACCUUUACAUACACAAUGAUGAACGGCUUUGUCUUUAUGAUGUUUGCCGGCCAAAAGAAUGGUCCCUUGUGACCAAAUAACAAAGUGACUAAUUCUACUUUAUACCCUCCCCCCCCCCCGCCCCCCAAAAAAAGAAAUGUUCAAAAAAUAAGAAACAUUAAACUGCCAGCACAAAUCCUCUCAUCUUACUGCCUUUUUAAGGUUAUGUUUGCGAGAAGUUAUCCCAAACUCCCUUUUUGUGAUCUAUGAUUCUGGAAUGAUUUUGCCUAGCUAGAAUGAUGGGUGAUGCAUGCAUUUUGCAAAAAGAGACUUUGUUUUUGGUAGUUAUUAAAGUGGUACUACAUAAAAGGCUGAUGAUAUGCCAAUGUUUACAUAUUAAGUGAAUCAGGAAAUGAAUUUAUAAUCAAUAUACAGUAAGCUGACAAUGAAAAUUGUACGAACUACCAUGUAACAGUUAAAGGUGAAGUCUGCUCUGACUGGAAUUUGGUUUAAGUGAGAGAAAUUUAUUGAUGAAAUUUUGGCAAAUAGCUUUUUAAGAACAACAGGGUGAUAAAUUUUCAUCAUUUUGAAUGAUGAUAAUUUUUUUGUGGUAUGCAAUUUGUUAAUCGACCCAAAUGCCAGUUUUUCAUCAAAUGGUGAUUUCAAAUAGCACAUUUUUCAAUACAAAUGAAUGUUUUCAUUUGCAUUUGAGUGGCAUAAUAUUGCAUACCUUGAAAUUCAGUUUCUUUGUGGGAGUUAGAAAUCAACAAGAAUUAGGUUUAGGAGUGACAUGUUGUUUUGUAUGUGUGCUGUUUAGCUAACUUAUGCAGUGUCUUUGCAUGGGUAUUCAAUCCUUUGGAUAUGUCUUGUUCAUGUAAAGGUUUGGUUUAAUGUACAGUCUCCAGUUAGAGAGGUGUAAGCAUCAAGGUUCAAACCCCACCAUAGAGAACCUUUGGUACUACAUUAGACACCGUUAACCUAUGUGACAUAAAUGGAAGAAAUUGGUUCCUUCAAAUGCAAGAUCAUCUUGGCAACCGUGCAGUUGUGGUAAUAAUCUUGGUUCCCAGGAAUCUGAAAUUCUGAAUAUCAGAUUUGAAUAUUGCAGAUAGAACCAUUUCAAUUAUAUCCCUUAUAUGCAUUUUAUUGUGUAAUUUGUGGAACAGUGAAAUUGAAAAAGGAUUUCCUAUAGGUAUUCUGUCAGUACAAGUAUGUACCAAUAACUGAAAUACAUUGUUAUUGUAUUUCAUAAAUAAAAGUCUGAUUGCAAUAUUUCUAUAUCUCUAUUAUUCUAUUUAUAUCAUAAAAAAUAUAUGUGUAUAGUGAUUGGACCCACCAUAUUGCAUUUAUGGAAAUUAUUAUUUAGAAAGCAGAAUCCAAUUUUUAUGGUAAAAUGGGAAGAACAAUGAAACUGAACCUUACAAUUCAAUUCUAAUCUUGUCUUAAAGGCAACAAUCAAGAAAGUACUGUUUGACUCUAACCAGCUCAAAGCUGACUUUGAUAUUUUGUUCUGUUUCAUACAUACACAAAUGCUUCCAGGCUGUCAUUUUAAACGUAGACCUACAUGUUUUUUUUUAAAUAUAUGAUUUGGGCAUCCAUUCCUUCAUAUAAUAAUAUGGAGUAUAAACCUUUAACCAGAUUUUGAUGGUUGCCAUUUGUUUGCAUCCGAGUGAUAUUUUAUGUAAAGUUGUGAAGAGAUGCACUUAUUAUUUUAAAUAAAAGAGCUAUAUGAAUAUAUA